UUGAGUAGUCUUCCGAGGUGCUAUUUAUUCAUUCUCUCACAGAUCCAGCACAGCACAAAAAAGCACAGCACAGCAAAUUAUAUUACAUCAAAGCCAUUAGGCCAUCUCACAAACAAUCAGUAUCAUCUGGACCAUCUCCGAGCUCCGUUGAGACUCGAUCUCAGCUCCUAGAUCUUGCAUUUUGAAUUUUCCUGGUUUUCGGCGACUUAGUUUGGGGUUUUUUAAUUGAAAACCCAGGGUUUCGAUUUUUUGAACUGAAAAAUGGCUGAGCAGUUGACCGAGGAUCAGAUUGCAGAGUUCAAGGAGGCUUUCAGCCUGUUCGACAAGGAUGGUGAUGGCUGCAUUACCACCAAGGAACUGGGAACUGUCAUGCGUUCCCUUGGGCAGAAUCCAACCGAAGCUGAGCUUCAGGAUAUGAUCAAUGAAGUCGAUGCUGAUGGGAAUGGGACUAUCGACUUUCCAGAGUUCCUCAAUCUUAUGGCUAGGAAAAUGAAGGAUACCGAUUCAGAGGAAGAACUGAAGGAGGCCUUCAAGGUUUUUGACAAGGAUCAGAAUGGCUUCAUCUCUGCCGCUGAGCUGCGACAUGUUAUGACCAAUCUGGGGGAGAAGCUAACUGACGAAGAAGUGGAUGAGAUGAUUCGUGAAGCUGAUGUUGACGGAGAUGGUCAAGUAAACUAUGAGGAAUUCGUUAGGAUGAUGUUGGCUAAAUGAGUUGUAUUAUAGGUCUUGUCUAUGAAGGCUUGACAUUCUAUGUUUAAUGCACACUGUGGUACCAUCAUAUAGCUACUUUUUGUUUGUCUAAGAUUUGUCCUUGGAGGGAAAGUAACAAUAAAAAGUAUUGAGACAUUGUCUUUUA